AUCCGGGGCCUGGACGGCAGCGGGGCCGCCGCGCGGAGGUCACGUGGCUCUUUCCUUUCCGUCUCUGGCCGGCUGGGCGCGGGCGACUGCUGGCGAGGCGCGUGGAACCUUACGCUGGUUCCCCUUCGUCUCCUCUCCCGGCCCGGGCCACUAGAGUUCGCUAACGCCGGGUGAGCUGAGCCUGCCGCCAAGAUGCCGGCCUAUUUUCAGAGGCCGGAAAAUGCCCUCAAACGCGCCAACGAAUUUCUUGAGGUUGGCAAAAAGCAGCCUGCUCUGGACGUUCUUUAUGAUGUUAUGAAAAGUAAAAAACAUAGAACAUGGCAAAAGAUACACGAACCAAUUAUGUUGAAAUACUUGGAACUUUGCGUGGAUCUUCGCAAGAGCCACUUGGCAAAGGAGGGGUUGUACCAGUAUAAGAACAUUUGUCAGCAGGUGAACAUAAAAUCUCUGGAGGAUGUUGUUAGGGCAUAUUUGAAAAUGGCAGAGGAAAAAACUGAAGCUGCUAAAGAAGAAUCUCAGCAGAUGGUCUUAGAUAUAGAAGAUCUGGAUAAUAUUCAAACUCCUGAGAGUGUUCUCCUAAGUGCUGUAAGUGGUGAAGACACUCAGGAUCGUACUGACAGAUUACUUUUAACUCCAUGGGUUAAAUUCCUGUGGGAGUCUUACAGGCAGUGUUUGGACCUUCUUAGAAACAAUUCUAGAGUAGAGCGCCUUUAUCAUGAUAUUGCCCAGCAAGCUUUCAAAUUCUGCCUCCAAUACACGCGUAAGGCUGAAUUCCGUAAACUGUGUGACAAUUUGAGAAUGCACUUAUCGCAGAUUCAGCGCCACCAUAACCAAAGUACGGCAAUCAAUCUUAAUAAUCCAGAGAGCCAGUCCAUGCAUUUGGAAACCAGACUUGUUCAGUUGGACAGUGCUAUCAGCAUGGAAUUGUGGCAGGAAGCAUUCAAAGCUGUGGAAGAUAUUCAUGGGCUAUUCUCCUUGUCUAAAAAACCACCUAAACCUCAGUUGAUGGCAAAUUACUAUAACAAAGUCUCAACUGUGUUUUGGAAAUCUGGAAAUGCUCUUUUUCAUGCAUCUACACUCCAUCGUCUUUACCAUCUCUCUAGAGAAAUGAGAAAGAAUCUUACACAAGAUGAGAUGCAAAGAAUGUCUACUAGAGUCCUUUUAGCCACUCUUUCCAUCCCUAUUACUCCUGAGCGUACGGAUAUUGCUCGACUUCUGGAUAUGGAUGGCAUUAUAGUUGAAAAACAGCGUCGCCUUGCAACACUACUAGGUCUUCAAGCCCCACCGACACGAAUUGGCCUUAUUAAUGAUAUGGUCAGAUUUAAUGUACUACAAUAUGUUGUCCCAGAAGUGAAAGACCUUUACAAUUGGCUUGAAGUGGAAUUUAACCCGUUAAAACUCUGUGAGCGAGUCACAAAGGUUCUAAAUUGGGUUAGGGAACAACCUGAAAAGGAACCGGAAUUGCAACAGUAUGUGCCACAACUGCAAAACAACACCAUCCUCCGCCUUCUGCAGCAGGUGUCACAGAUUUAUCAGAGCAUUGAGUUUUCUCGUUUGACUUCUCUGGUUCCUUUCGUUGAUGCUUUCCAACUGGAACGGGCCAUAGUAGACGCAGCCAGGCAUUGCGACUUGCAGGUUCGUAUUGAUCACACUUCUCGGACCCUGAGUUUUGGAUCUGAUUUGAAUUAUGCUACUCGAGAAGAUGCUCCAAUUGGUCCUCAUUUGCAAAGCAUGCCUUCAGAGCAGAUAAGAAAUCAGCUGACAGCCAUGUCCUCAGUACUUGCAAAAGCUCUUGAAGUCAUUAAACCAGCUCAUAUACUGCAAGAGAAAGAAGAACAGCAUCAGUUGGCUGUUACUGCAUACCUUAAAAAUUCACGAAAAGAGCACCAGCGAAUCCUGGCUCGCCGCCAGACAAUUGAGGAAAGAAAAGAGCGCCUUGAGAGUCUGAAUAUUCAGCGUGAGAAAGAAGAAUUGGAACAGAGGGAAGCUGAACUCCAGAAAGUACGGAAGGCCGAGGAAGAGAGGCUGCGCCAGGAAGCGAAGGAGAGAGAGAAGGAGCGUAUCUUACAGGAACAUGAACAAAUCAAAAAGAAAACUGUUCGAGAGCGUUUGGAGCAGAUCAAGAAAACAGAACUGGGUGCCAAAGCAUUCAAAGAUAUUGACAUUGAAGACCUUGAGGAAUUGGAUCCAGAUUUUAUCAUGGCUAAACAAGUUGAACAACUGGAGAAAGAAAAGAAAGAACUUCAGGAACGCCUAAAGAAUCAAGAAAAGAAGAUUGACUAUUUUGAAAGAGCCAAACGUUUGGAAGAAAUUCCUUUGAUAAAGAGCGCUUACGAGGAACAGAGAAUUAAAGACAUGGAUCUGUGGGAGCAACAAGAGGAAGAAAGAAUUACUACAAUGCAGCUAGAACGUGAAAAGGCUCUUGAACAUAAGAAUCGAAUGUCACGAAUGCUUGAAGACAGAGAUUUAUUUGUAAUGCGACUCAAAGCUGCACGGCAGUCUGUUUAUGAGGAAAAACUUAAACAGUUUGAAGAGCGAUUAGCAGAAGAAAGGCAUAAUCGAUUGGAAGAACGGAAAAGGCAACGUAAAGAAGAACGCAGAAUAACAUAUUAUAGAGAAAAAGAAGAGGAGGAGCAAAGAAGGGCAGAAGAACAAAUGCUAAAAGAGCGGGAAGAGAGAGAGCGCGCCGAACGAGCAAAACGCGAGGAAGAGCUACGAGAGUAUCAGGAGCGGGUGAAGAAAUUAGAAGAAGUGGAAAGGAAAAAACGCCAAAGGGAGUUGGAAAUUGAAGAACGAGAACGUCGUAGAGAGGAAGAGAGACGACUUGGCGACAGUUCACUUUCUAGAAAGGACUCUCGUUGGGGAGAUAGAGAUUCAGAAGGCACCUGGAGAAAAGGACCUGAAGCAGAUUCUGAAUGGAGAAGAGGCCCGCCAGAGAAGGAGUGGAGACGUGGAGAAGGGCGAGAUGAGGACAGGUCUCAUAGAAGAGAUGAAGAGCGGCCCCGGCGUCUGGGGGAUGAUGAAGAUAGAGAGUCCUCUCUUAGACCAGAUGAUGAUCGGGUUCCCCGGCGUGGCAUGGAUGAUGACAGAGGCCCUAGACGUGGUCCUGAGGAAGAUCGGUUCUCUCGCCGUGGGGCAGACGAUGACCGGCCUUCUUGGCGUAACACAGAUGAUGACAGGCCUCCCAGACGAAUUGCUGAUGAAGACAGGGGAAGCUGGCGUCACGCGGAUGAUGACAGACCACCUAGACGAGGACUGGAUGAGGACAGAGGAAGCUGGCGAACAGCUGAUGAGGACAGAGGACCAAGACGUGGGAUGGAUGACGACCGGGGGCCGAGGCGAGGCGGCGCUGAUGAUGAGCGAUCAUCCUGGCGUAAUGCUGAUGACGACCGGGGUCCCAGGCGAGGGUUGGAUGACGACCGGGGUCCCAGGCGAGGGCUGGAUGACGACCGGGGUCCCAGGCGAGGGCUGGAUGACGACCGGGGUCCCAGGCGAGGGUUGGAUGACGACCGGGGUCCCAGGCGAGGCAUGGAUGAUGACCGGGGUCCCAGGCGAGGGUUGGAUGAUGAUCGAGGACCUUGGAGAAAUGCCGAUGAAGAUAGAAUUCCCAGGCGUGGUGCAGAGGAUGACAGGGGCCCUUGGAGAAACAUGGAUGAUGAUCGGCUUUCAAGACGUGCUGAUGAUGAUCGCUUUCCCAGACGGGGUGAUGACUCAAGACCUGGUCCUUGGAGACCAUUAGUCAAGCCAGGUGGAUGGAGAGAGAAAGAAAAAGCCAGAGAGGAGAGCUGGGGUCCACCUCGAGAAUCAAGGCCAUCAGAAGAACGUGAAUGGGACAGAGAAAAAGAAAGGGAUAGAGAUAAUCAAGAUCGAGAGGAGAAUGACAAGGAACCUGAGAGAGAAAGGGACAGAGAGAGAGAUGUGGAUCGAGAGGAUCGCUUCAGAAGACCUAGGGAUGAAGGUGGCUGGAGAAGAGGACCAGCUGAGGAAUCUUCAAGCUGGAGAGACUCAAGUCGUCGGGAUGAUAGAGAUAGGGAUGACCGUCGCCGUGAGAGGGAUGACCGGCGUGAUCUAAGAGAAAGACGAGAUCUAAGAGACGAUAGGGACCGAAGAGGACCUCCGCUCAGAUCAGAACGUGAAGAAGUAAGUUCUUGGAGACGUGCUGAUGACAGGAAAGAUGACCGGGCAGAAGAGCGGGACCCUCCUCGUCGAGUUCCUCCCCCAGCUCUUUCAAGAGACCGAGAAAGAGACCGAGACCGAGACCGAGAAAGAGAAGGUGAAAAAGAGAAGGCCUCAUGGAGAGCUGAAAAAGAUAGGGAGUCUCUUCGUCGUACUAAAAAUGAGACUGAUGAAGAUGGAUGGACCACAGUACGACGUUAAGUCUCAAGAUAAUGGAUUUAAACUGGUGUCUUAAAUAGGUUUGAUCACAUUCAAGGAUUAUUAUACUUGUGCUUCAACCAAUCUAAAUUGGAUUCUUUAAUGUUGUUUCACCAUAACACAAAAAGCAUGAACUUGUAUUAAUCCUAUAUAAUAGAUUGAUCAUGCACCAUAUCCACAGGAGGUUGGAAAAACCAUGCCAUUUUCUGGAAUUUAAGGGUGUUGCAUUAUUUCAUCAAUCAUUUGUUGACAAAAAAGAAAAACUAAAAAAUAAAUUUAAAAUGUGAACUUUCAGGUAUUGAGUAACACCUUUAUCUUGGUAUAGAACUGAUAUAUUUUUUUUUAUUUUGAAAUAUCUGAUAUUAAUUUGGAAUGAAGUAAGGUUCUGUUAAAGAAAAUAUAUUUGAAGACCCUUUAAAGCAGUGAAUCUGAAACAAUUUUCACACUUUUAAGUGGUUGAUAUGUACCUAUUUUAGGUAUUUUGAGGUAUUUACCAUAAACUAAAUUUAGAAAGUUUUUAGAUUCACUUGAAGUAAACAUUACAAACAUUGGAUACGGUGGGGUUUUCUUUAGAUUUUACUUGAGAGGAGGUGAGUACAAAGCAAUUUGCAGUUGUUGUAAUGACAAGAAGAAUACUGCGCAAGUGUGAAUCCAAACAGUAUAGCUUUUAAAUUUUAAAGCAUUUGGUAAACUAUCGCUGAGUUUUUUUCUGUUGCCAAUAGUAAACUGCUUUUCCAUUAAUGGAGAGAAUUCAUGCCUUUCAAGCAUUUUAAAUAUGACAAUAUUUAUAAAUGUAUGGUUUGGAGGAAUCGUUUAAAUUCUUUCCUAAUUUUCUUUCUCUUCAAGAUAGAUUCUUUCAACAAGUAAUUUGUAGUAAUGACUGUGUUGACUUCAAUUUUGGAGUGUAGUAGCUAUGUUAAAGAUUAACUAUUUGGUCUCAUUGAAGCCAACACAGAACUUGCUGCUGUGUUUUUUCUUCAGUGAUAAAUAAAAUACUUACAGAAUUUGUUUUAGUGUUGAUUUGUGGUUAUAGUAUUUUGUUUAUAAUGGUAAGUUUGCAUCUUCAGUUGAGUUUUUUUACUUGAAUUUUUAUCAGUGCCAUUAAAUGUCUGUGUUUAGUAUCAAUGAAUAUGAACCUAAAUAUAACAAAGAAAGCAUAUGUGGCUAAGAUGUCUCCCCUAAAAUGUCUUCCUUUGUUAAUGCAGAAAUUCCUUAGUUUCCUUGUAAAGCUGUCCUCUGAGUUUGUGUGUGCAUGUGCGUGUUUGAAGUACCACCUUGGGUUUUCACCUGAAAUUAGAAAAAUCAUAGUUAAUUUGAGAAAAUGUUACAAAUUCAUCAUGGCUGUAGGCACUUAUUAUUUCUGUUAUUGAGUAGUGGUGAGAAUUCCUAUUGGUACAGCUGUAGGGCCAGAAGAGGGAGUAUUGAUGCUUUUUAACUUAACCAGAUACAGCCUUUUUUGUUUGAUGUUACCAAUGACAGAAAUCAUUUUAAACACCUUAGUAUCUGGUAUUUCAAAUAUGUAGAAGUCUUUAAAGGUCUUUUGUGGGGAGAAGGACUUUUCUUUCAUAACAAGAGAAUUUCAGAUCAGUGAUUAUCAGUGGGGCAGUAACCUGCUAAGAGUUUGCUUCCUGGAGAGUAGAUCUGUAUGUGUGACAUCACAGGUAAGCCCCAACAAUUUAUUUAAUCAGAUUUGUUCAGAUGAGUUACUGUUGGCUACGUUAGGGUUAGGUUUUAAGGCUAGUCAGGAAACCCAUUCUUAUACUCAGUUUCUCAUACUCAGUUUCCCGUGCUGUUCUCCCAAGUUCUUUGUCCUGGGAGCAGAACCCAAGUGCAAGAGGAGGGCAGAAGAGUCUGAUGCUGUUACCUUGCGAUCCUGCUCUUGGUUUCCACUGUCCAGGCUGUACAACUCUGUCUACUCCCACUAGUAUUUACCAACAGGUAUUAAAGGAAAGCUGAACAAGCAGCCUACUCACCAAUCUGCUAGGUGGUCUUCCAUGUUCCUGGUGGCUUCUGCAGUUUCAUUGAGAGUAACACUGCUGUUAAUACAGAUAGAUCCGAUAGUAGAGACAUCAUCGGUCCAAAAAAGACUCUGCAUCUCAUUAGUUGUCCAUAGUGGCUACCAGGAGGUGGUUGGCAUCUAUAAUGUGUGGGACGUUUUUAUGUCAAGAAAUGCCUAUUUUUUUUUUUUAAACCAAAGACACCAUAGAUUGAUUUAUAAUUUUAUAAGUCUAAUUGAAAUACAUGGGGUACUGUGAAAGGACUGUUGCUUGAGUGGCUACAAUUAGAAAAUCAGGACUAACAAACUUUUCUUUGUCUGGAAGCAUAUAUAUUUGUGAUAAAAUUUUAAUAUGUAUAAUUUUGGUUUAAUAAAUCAAAUCUAUGACAA